AUGAGCAAGUCGUCUAAAUCGCAAAGCCAAUCAAAAGGUUUAUCAAGUACGGGAUCUGUAUGUACUACAACUGACGGAUCCGAUUUUGAGUCAAAUUCCGGGCUUAUGAGCACCUCAGCCGGAUCAAGCGGAGCCGCUGCCUCCGAGCCGACCACAGCGAAAUCGCUGACGUACUCGGAGACUAUGAAUGAUCUUCGAAAGGGAAGCCUAUUUGGCCGACAGAAAGAGAGCCUGGCGACCACGGAUGGGGGACCCCAACCCUCAAGCCUCGAUGACAAAUCCCAACAGUUCAAGAAUCCAAUUGAGUCAGAUAAACCAGGACCGUCUACGGAACCUGGGAGAUCAGCGAAAAUUGAGCAGGAAGCUCCGGCUCCGACUUUGAAAAAAUCCGAGACACCGCCGGCUUUUGGACUCUCUGGAGUUGUGAAGAAGGUGCCUAGUGUCUAUUUCCCAAUUUUCAAUAAGCUUCCUCCCAAGCCUCCGGGAAACAGAAGAGGCACCGGCAGUAUGAAUUCCGUGGCUCCGCCGACUCAGAAAAUCAAUGCACCUCACAUUGUCUACGAUGUUGCUCAGCUUUCUCCGGCUCAACGACGCAUGCCACCGCCGGCUCCGAUUGCUGCAGAAACGACAAAGGCCAAUAAAGCAGCUUUGGCUCCGGCUCCAGUUCCAGCUCCGCUUCCAGAUGCAGCUCCUCAAAGCGCAGACAAAAAGUUCCCGGGUACCGGACAACGCCUCGGCAGUAAUGUGGCUCCAUUACAUUGAAGUCAUUGAAGACCACUGCACCGCAGAUUGUUAACAAUGUUGCUCAGCUUCCACCGCAUCGCCGACGCCUGGCGUACUCGGCUCCGAAGUCGCUCUACAGGUGCAGCUCCCCAGGUCAUCAACAUAACUGCAGCUGCUCCGACUGCCCCGACUGCUCCAACUGGCAACAAGAUCGUUAUCGUUGGCACCACGCCUGAUGGGAAGACAACGAUCCAAAUGACGCUCGACUUUAAGAUGGUCAAAGGGUCGCAACAGGUCACCCUGGUGCCCAAGAAGGUUGUGGUUGCCGGAAAGACGAAGAACGACAAAAAACCCCUCUGAGU